AUGGAGUCGCGGGAGAGCGGCCCGAUGCCGAGCUCGCCCGCUGAGCCGGGAAGCACCAACUUAGGGCUGGCAGAGCCGCCGGUGGCGGCGGCGGCGGCGGCGGCGGCGGUGGCGCGGGUGGCAGCCCGCGAGAACCCGGGCCCCCGCCCGGAAGUGGCUCCCGGGGACGGCCUUCCACAUCCGAUGCCCGAGCCGCCACUCGGGACCUCGACGCCGGAGUGUCAAGUCCUGCUCUUGCGAGCGGACGCGCUGGUGUCUGAAGGGCGCCUCCGGGAAGCCCUCGAGGUGUACCGACAGCUCUCCGAGCGGCACCAGCUGGCGACCGAGCAGCUGGAGCCGCUGCUGCGCGAUCUAGCGGCCAAGGUCCCCCCCAGCGAGGCGGCGUCCCCGGCCCCGGGCUGCGCGAUGGCGCCGGAGGAGGCCAGCCCGGCCGGGGCCACCGAAGUGUGGGACGGCUUCCAGUGCCGGAAGUGCCAGGGGUUUCUGUCAGACCCCGUGUCCUUGUCGUGCGGCCACACCUUUUGUAAACUCUGCCUGGAGUACGGGCGGGCGGCCGACCGGCGCUGCGCUCUGUGCGGGGUCCAGCUCCUGGCGGGGCUGACGCACCCGUCCUUACACAAGACUCAUCGCCUGCUUGUGCUGGGGGUCAUUCAUGAGAGGAAUUUUUUUCUCCUUUUGGCAGCUCCAAACGAUCACUUGUUGUACAGCAACCGGUCUCAAAUUUACUUUACCUUGGCGUCUCAUGAGGAUGCACUACAUGAUGCAGAGAUAGCAUGUAAGCUCCGCCCCACGGGUUUUAAGCCACACUUCCGGAAAGCCCAAGCCUUAGCCACCCUAGGCAAGGUGGAGGAAGCACUGAAGGAGUUUCUAUAUUGUGUCUCUCUCGAUGGAAAUAAUAAGAAAGCAAGAUCCGAAGCCCAAAGGCUUCUCUUUAGUUUCUUUGCAUCAGUCACGGGGAAGUCUCAGGAAAAUAUUCCCGAUAUCCUGAAGCUGUUGGCAUCUCACCCUAGAUUUCAGGAACACGUAGAGCCAAUGGUUACCGAAGGCACCAGCCAUAAUCUACCAAAGUUGUCACAGGAAAACCAGGCGGCACUCCCGCAUUGUUCUAGUCAGCAGGAAGCAGCCGCCUGGUCAGCUCAAGCAAAGGUGGACGGGCCAUCAGAGGAGCAGGGAGCAGAGACGGAGGCUGCCUCCAGCAAGAUGGGGAAAUGCCAGCAAAAGAAACGGAAACACUGUCAAACUGAACCCCAAACCCUAGAGGUGCCUAGUAAAGCCUCCAAGCCAGAUCCUCCCACUGAUCAGGGGGCCAAACCUGCUCUCAAUAUCCCAUUGGUCUCUUUUGACGCAUCUGACCUUGAAUGCUCACUAUGUAUGAGAUUAUUCUAUGAGCCAGUCACAACACCCUGUGGACAUACCUUUUGCUUAAAAUGCCUUGAAAGAUGUCUAGAUCACAACGCCAAGUGUCCACUGUGCAAAGAUGGCCUUUUACAGUGCUUGACCUCAAGAAAAUACAGCAAAACUAUAAUAAUGGAAGAGCUCAUAGCUAAAUUCCUUCCAGAAGAAUUCAAUGAACGAAGGAGGCUUUAUGAAGAAGAAAUGGAAGAACUCUCUAACUUGAAUAAGGACGUGCCUAUCUUCGUGUGCACUAUGGCCUAUCCAACCGUUCCUUGUCCCCUGCACAUCUUUGAGCCUUGUUAUCGUCUGAUGAUGCGUCGAUGCAUCGAGACAGGCACGAGACAAUUUGGCAUGUGCCUGGGAGAUCCUGUGAAAGGAUUUGCAGAAUACGGCUGCAUGCUAGAGAUUAGGAAUGUCCAGUUCUUUCCAGAUGGCCGUUCAGUGGUCGACAGCAUAGGCAAGAGGCGCUUCAAGGUGCUCCAUCAGGGCCAGCGGGAUGGCUACAACACCGCAGACAUCGAAUACAUUGAAGACCAGAAGGUUCAGGGAGAAGAUUGUGCUGAGCUGAUGACAUUACAUAACUGUGUAUAUGAGCGAGCAUCAUUGUGGUUCCUUUCACUCAAACCAGCUCUGAAGAACCGGAUACUUCACCACUUUGGUCCUAUGCCAGAGAAAGAUGCCGAUCCCCAGGUUAGCCCAAAUGGUCCAGCCUGGUGUUGGUGGCUAUUAGCAGUUCUCCCGUUGGAAAGCCGAGCUCAGCUCCCAUUCCUAGCCAUGAGGUCCUUAAAGGAUAGACUGAAUGGUAUCCGGCGCAUCGUGGCCUUUAUUUCCCGAACUCAAAACUAGUAAGAGCUGAUGGCUGAAGAGGAGCACCCACCCUCUGUGCUGCCCCAGGGGAGUCUUCUUGUAAAUAUAUAUAAUUGCAAUAACAUCUUUGCACAAGGGAAUAUCAAACAAGUGUCUGACCCUGCUGUGCCUCACAGGGAAAGACUGAGUAAGAAGCCCCAAAGAAUGUGAUCUGUCUGAUACUUUAUGUCUCAGGAUGUUGAGAUGCUGAGAUACUACAUGAAAAGAGGUUUUUAAGAGCCCAGAAUUUUUUAAAUUUUUAUUUCCAGAAUGUUUCCAAUGGUUUUGCUUUAAUUUUCUUGCUUUCCUAGAUGAAUGAUAGUGUGGUUGGACUGUGAGGCAAAGAUACUCAAUAAUGUAACUGCAUUAUUUCAUGGACUUGAGGCCUCAUUCCAAACAGUUCUGGUUUUAGUUAGCAAUAUAUAAGAUAAUUUUUCUGUCGCCUUUUUUUCUGUUUUAGUAAUUUAUUUUUUGCACUAGUGUAUCUAUUUUUUUUCUUCUUCUACAUGUACAUUUGUCACUAUUUAAGUAUCCGUUACUGAAACAUCAGUUGCUUUAUUUAUUGGUAUGGUUUACUCUAAACAAAUGAUUAGGAGGAAUAAGAAAACUAGAAAUGUGCAAUUUUUACUUUACUGCCUCCCCACCCCACUCUUAAACUUCAUUCGAUCCCAGUUCUUGGACCAUUUUUAUAUCUUUCCAAUUGAAUGUUUCAAAGAAGAUCCAAGCGAUGCUAAGAUCUAUCUUUACAGAUUCCAUUGUUUGGGGGUUUGUUUUUAUUCCAGUUUGAAUUUAACUAUAUAUUCUACUAAUGAAAUUUGGCAUAGAGUGUGACUUAUGCCAGAGAGAGGAAAAUAUUCCGUUUUUCUGUUUGUUAUACAGAGUGAAGCUCAAUGAAUUGGUUUUCUGGACUGACCAGAGGAGUAUCUCUUAUUGUAACGUAUUUAUAGACAUUUAUUUCAUCAAUUUGUAAGUGUAUCUAGUGUUUCUUUCCCAAUUCAAUGAAGAAUGGGAUUUUAGGCAGCAUAUGAUGUAAGCCUUCAGAGGGCUUGGUGUUCAGUGUGGCACACCACACCCUUGCCCAACUAGCCUCUCUACCCUACCUCUUCUCAGGAUUGAGUACAAAAACCUGGGCGAACAUAAAGGGAAAUACUUCAUACUGGAUUCAUUGGAUUUGAAAAUAGAAAGAAGCCAGAUAGGCUAGAAUCCUUUAAGAAAAUUCUCUUUUCCAAGGAACCAGACAGUUAAGCCAUUGCUUUUUGUAACACUGCCUUUCUUCUUGGUUGCAAGGGGCCAAAGUUUUUAGUACAGGGAAAGGGAAUGCAAAAGAGGGUAAAGAGGGAAGAAUAAGCACUUACUUAACUUUUCUUUGUGCAAAUUGAUUCCUUCGGGGCCAGAAGAACCUGAAAAGUACCGGGACCUUGGGUGUGUUCUAUCAACAGAGUGAACAGACAAGGCAGGGAAGCAAGGUGAAUUGUGCCAUUUGUAUGGUCGUCCAAAUUCUCCUCCUCCUGUCGGAUGUUAGACCACCACAAUGACACUAGUCACUCCCAGCUAAUUUGCUCUGGUAAGGGGACAGGCUGAUGCCUCUAGUAAUCAGUGGGAUUUAUUCCAUCACCACUAGAAAGAAAAACAGUGAGAGUGAGGUCAUCUCAUUGAUAAAAUGGUAGUGAGCAAUUCUGCAGAGAGAGUUCAUGACCAUUACGUGAGGUAGCAUUCAUAAAUCACUCCUCACAGUGCCUAGCACAUAGGAGACACUCAGCGAAUGAUAACUCUUAGUAGAUUAUUGGUUCCUGCAGAAUAUCACCAGGGUUGACACUUCCCAUAAAAACGCUGCCUUUUACAUGCAUUAGCCUCUACCAACCCCUUUCAGCUUGGUUAAUGAUAUAACUUGAUGAUUGGGGUCAUGAGUACUUGGGAAAGCGAAAAUGCCAGCAAACUUUUCCCAUCUCAAUACAGCUGAUGAAUAGUCUUACUCGGUGUUAUAGAAUUUUUUGCUAGAGUGGAAUCUUUCAGUUCUAGCUCCAUUAGGCUAACCAGCUCAUCAUUCUCUGUUCUCCAAAGCGCAUUGCUCGGCCUUCAGGGCCAUGCUAUAGGGACUGGAUUUGGUCCUUAGCUCAUGGUUUUCCCUUCUCACUGUCAUGGAGUCUGUGCUGACUCAUAGCGACCUCACUGUGGGUUUC